CUAAAAAAAACCCAUCUCGUCUUCUUCUUCCCGUCUUGUGCCGUAACUCCAGAAACAUCAUCUUCUUCUCUCUUAGAAACCUUAAACUUUGGAAUCCCUUACAAGUCUACACUUCCCAGAACGAGCUCUAGCAAAGCCAAAUAAUGAUGUCGAGGAUAAUCGUUAAGAAUUUGCCAAAAUAUGUGAAAGAGGAUCGACUUCGGGAUAUCUUUUCACAAAAAGGAGAAAUCACAGACGUGAAAUUGAAGCGUUUGAGUGAUGGCAGGAGUAGACAAUUUGCUUAUAUUGGAUUUCGUAAUGAAGAAGAAGCUCAAGCUGCUAUCACAUAUUUUAACAAGUCUUUCAUUGAUACUCUUAAAAUAUCUGUUGAGGUUGCGAAGCCUCCUAUGAGGAAAGAAGAAGAAGGGAAGGUUCAUGAUAAUGGUGAACAUUUUUCUUAUGCUAAAGGAGACAAAAAGAUUAAGAAGAAACCAGAGGCUGAUCAUGAUGAUCCUCUGCUUCAAGAAUUUCUUGGAUAUCACUCAGUGAAACUCUGGUCCAAUGACAUGUGUAUUCCUCCUCCCACCGGAGUAAGUUUUUUUUCCAAUGGUGCUGAUGAGCCUAACAAACCCAAAACACCAUUGUUAGAUACUAAUAAGUCUACAAAGAACAAAGUUGGUGAUGAUGUUUCUGAUAUGGAAUACUUCAAGAGUAGGAUAAAGUCAAAUCUGUCGGAUUCGGACUGUGAUUAUGAAACUGAUUGUCGUGAAGAUGCAGUUCAUGUUUUCCCUAUUGAUGGAGAAGUUAUUGAAGCUGACAGAGUUGAUGAUGGCCAUGCAAUGGAGGUAGAAGCCGAUGGCAAGAUGGCUCAAGAAUUGAAAACUGACGACAGUGAUAAUGUUCUUGACACUGGUCGCCUUUUCGUCCGUAACCUGCCUUACACUACAACAGAAGAAGAGCUUACUGAACAUUUCAGCAAAUUCGGUGAUAUAUCAGAGGUCCAUCUUGUUCUUGACAGGGAGACAAAAAGGUCCAAAGGAAUGGCCUACAUCCUUUACCUGAUCCCGGAAUCUGCAGUAAGGGCAAUGGAGGCAUUAGAUGACACAGCUUUCCAGGGGCGACGGUUGCAUAUUUUACCAGCUAAGCCCCGUGAAAAUUCUGAUAAACAAGUAAAUGACUCUUGUAAUCUGCCAAAAACAUUCAAGCAAAAGAGGGAGGAACAAAGAAAGGCCUCUGAAGCCCUUGGAAAUACAAAGGCUUGGAAUAGUUUAUUCAUGCGACCCGAUACUAUCCUGGAAAAUAUAGUCAGGAUGUUUGGUGUAAAAAAGAGUGAGCUACUUGACCGUGAAUGCGAGAAUCCUGCCGUAAACCUUGCUUUGGCUGAAACAAAAGUGAUUAUGGAGACCAAAGAAGCCCUUGCUAAAGCUGGAGUACGUGUCACCUCUUUGGAAGAAUUUGCUGCAGGGAAAGGUGAUGGGAAGAACCGAAGCAACCAUAUUCUCUUAGUAAAGAAUUUGCCAUUUGCUUCCACCGAAAAGGAACUGGCUGAAAAGUUUGGAAAAUUUGGAAGUCUAGACAAAAUUGUUCUCCCUCCGACGAAGACGGUUGCUUUGGUAUUAUUCUUUCAAUAUCUUCAACGAAUAGCUAUGAAAAACAUGGCAUAUACGCGUUACAAAGAUUCUCCCCUGUAUCUGGAGUGGGCUCCUGGAGAUAUUCUUGAGCCAAAAACACUUCCCGAUAACAAAGAAAAGAAGAGUGCUGUUGAAGAAAAUGAUGUGAGAAGAGUCGACUUGGAUCAGCAGCUUAGAAUGUAUUCUGAUAUACCUGAGUCAAAUGUCCUUCAUGUUAAGAAUCUGAACUUCGAGACAACUGAUGAGAGUUUGAAGAAGCAUUUCACCGAACUGGUGAAGCAGGGACAUAUUCUGAGUGCUAAGAUAACAAAAAAGGGCAAGAAUCGUCGUUCAAGCGGUUAUGGUUUUGUAGAAUUCGACUCCGUAGAGACAGCCAGCAGUGUCUACGAAGAUCUAAAGGGAAUAACUGUUCUGGAUCGGCAUAAGUUGAUCUUGAGUUACCGUGAAAACAAGCCGAGUGAAACGGUUGCGAAAGGUUCAGACAAGGAAAAAACUUCGACAAAGUUACAUGUCAAAAAUGUAGCUUUUGAAGCAACCGAGAAAGAAGUAAGACAGCUUUUCAGUUCCUUUGGACAGAUCAAGAGUGUUUGGUUUCCAAUUCAGAACGGAAAAUUUCGUGGUUUUUGUAAUAUUGAAUUUGGGACAAAUCAAGAAGCUUCAAACGCUAAAAAUGCAUUAUCCAUCACCCAUUUCUAUGGACGCAAGUUGGUGCUCGAGUGGAAGAAGGAUGAUGACAAGAGCAUGGAAGCGAUCCGAAAAUCUUGUGCUGCCAAGUAUGUGGACCAAGAAAACGAUAAUCCAAAGAAAAGGAAAAGGUCGGCAGUUGUUGGUGAAAGAAGAAUUGAAGUUUGAGAGAAAUAGACGAGCUUAGAUAAGUUAGAUCGCAUGCCUAUUUCCUAAAUCGAACUAUAUAUUCAGCCGAGUUUUGAGGGGAGUAUCUAGUACAGUAUAACCUCUAUAAAUUAAUACUCUUUAAAUUAAUACUCGCUAUAAAUUAAUAAAUUCUUCUGGUCCCGAGUUGGGCCGAUGAUAAAAAUGACAUAUUUUGAUAAA